AUGGAGAGCCGAAAAGACAUGGUUAUGUUUCUGGAUGGGGGUCAGCUUGGCACUCUGGUUGGCAAGAGGGUCUCCAAUUUGUCCGAAGCCAUGGGCAGUCCGCUGUCCGAGCCGCCAGAGAAGAUGGUGCCCCACGCUUGCCUGAGCCCGCGAGCUGGCCCUCUGGUCUCCCGGGAGCGCGGCGGGGGAGGCCCGGAGGAGGAGCCGGUCGAUGGACUAGCAGGCAGUGCUGCGGGGCUGGGCGCCGAGCCACGGGCUGCCGGAGCGGCCAUGCUGGGCCCGGGACCCCCAGUCUCCUCCGCGGACAGCCUCUCUGGCCAGGGGCAACCCAGCAGCUCAGACACCGAGUCGGAUUUCUAUGAAGAAAUCGAGGUGAGCUGCACCCCGGACUGCACCACCGGGAACGCCGAGUACCAGCACAGCAAAGGGCCCGGAUCCGAAGCACUGAGCGACAGUCCGAACAGCAGCAGUGACGUCCCCAAGAGCCACGGUGGGGGCGGCGGCGGGGCUAGCGGCUCGCAAGGUACUUUGGCCUGCAGCGCCAGUGACCAGAUGCGCCGCUACCGCACCGCUUUCACCCGCGAGCAGAUUGCGCGGCUGGAGAAGGAAUUCUACAGGGAGAACUACGUAUCCAGGCCGCGGAGAUGCGAACUGGCGGCAGCCCUAAACCUUCCAGAAACCACCAUCAAGGUGUGGUUUCAGAACCGGCGCAUGAAGGACAAGCGGCAGCGCCUGGCCAUGACGUGGCCGCACCCGGCCGACCCCGCCUUCUACACGUACAUGAUGAGCCACGCGGCGGCCGCGGGCGGCCUGCCCUACCCGUUCCCGUCGCACCUGCCCUUGCCGUACUACUCGCCCGUGGGCCUGGGCACCGCCUCGGCCGCCUCGUCGCCCUUCAGUGGCCCGCUGCGCCCGCUCGACACGUUCCGCGUGCUCUCGCAGCCCUACCCGCGGCCCGAACUGCUGUGCGCCUUCCGACACCCGCCCCUGUACCCCGGCCCCGCGCACGGACUGGGCGCCUCGGCCGGCGGCCCCUGCUCCUGCCUCGCCUGCCACGGCGGCUCUGCCAACGGCCUGGCGCCCCGGGCCGCCGCCGCAGCCGCCGCUGCCUCGGACUUCACUUGUGCCUCCACCUCCCGCUCGGACUCCUUCCUCACCUUUGCGCCCUCUGUGCUCAGCAAGGCCUCCUCGGUCGCCUUGGACCAGAGGGAGGAGGUGCCCCUCACCAGAUAA